UACAACUGUAAAAAAAAAAGAAUAACGUCCGUUUCCUAUUGUUCCAUGUGGUUGUACUGAGAUAAAACCUAACUACACCUAGCCUGUAAAGUUGUACUAUUUGGAGUUUAUAAAAAAAUAUAUAUUUGAAACAAUCGGAGAAUUCACAACACUCGUGUGGGGAACUAAAAAUGCAGCACGACGAUGUUAUCUGGGAUGUCAUAGGAAACAGAGCGUUCUGUUCCUUCAAAGUCAAGACAAAGGUUCAGAACUUCUGCCGGAAUGAAUACAAUAUAACUGGGCUUUGUAAUAGGUCAUCUUGCCCAUUAGCAAACAGUCAGUAUGCAACUAUAAGAGAGGAGAAAGGUCAAUGUUUCUUAUAUAUGAAGGUUAUUGAGAGGGCAGCCUUCCCUGCCCGAAUGUGGGAGAAGGUGAAACUUAGUAAGAACUAUGAGAAGGCUCUGGAACAGAUUGACCAGAACUUGAUCUAUUGGCACCGUUUCAUCAGACACAAAUGUAAACAGCGCUUCACCAAGAUCACACAGUACCUCAUCCGUAUCCGCAAGCUCACACUCAAACGACAGAGGAAACUGGUCCCCCUUAGCAGAAAGGUGGAGGCAAGAGAGAAAAGGAAAGAGGAAAAGGCCCUGAUUGCUGCACAGCUUGAUAACGCAAUAGAGAAAGAACUGCUGGAGAGACUGAAACAAGGAACGUAUGGUGACAUCUACAACUUCCCCAUCCAUGCCUUUGAUAAGGCACUGGAGCACCAGGAUGAGGAGAGUGAGACUGACUCAGAGGAGGAGGAGGAGGAUGAUGAGGAUGUUGGAAAGAAAGAAUUUGUUGCUGAGGAUGAAAUAGAAGAGAGCGAUCUCAGUGACUUUGAGGACAUGGACAAUCUGAAGGCAGGCAGUGAUGAACAUGAAGAAUCCAGUGAAGAGGAUGAGUCUGAAGAAGAGAUGGAAGAGGAGCCUGAGGCCUCAGGCUCCAAAGGAAAGAUGCCCCUCAAAGGCGCUGUAUUCAGGAAGAAAAGGGCCUAUGUGGAGAUUGAGUAUGAACAGGAGAUGGAGCCUGUCCCCAAAAGCAAGGCAACAUAGUCAGACUUCCUGACAUGGACUCUAGGCCUUUCUUAGUUUGGAAGGUUAACCUGGUUAUGUUGUCUGGAACGAUUACUACUGGUAUGCUGUCAAGCAUGUUUUGCCUAAUGGGACUGUACUUCCAGUAAUUAGUCAAUGUAUCACUCCUGGGUGGAUUAUGAGGAUGGGGCGUAAAUCCUGUGAUCAGACUGGACCCCAUUCAAUUUUCACAAGUCUGAAAUAAGCAAAUUUAAUAGACCCACCAUUAACGCCAUUUCAAAUUAUUUGCUGUCUUAAAUUCAGUUUUUCCACAUACAGGUUCUCUUCUGCCCAUUUGUUCAAAUGAAUAAAUCUCAAUCCAGAGUAGCCUGACAAUAGUGUAAUGUCUUAAACCUGGCUGAAAAAGAGUUUCUGCUGUUUGAUAAAGAAUGACUUACCAAAUCUCCCCAGCCAGUGAUGGUUUAAUAAAUACAGUGGAUCCAUGACACACAGAA